UCUUCUAUUGCAAUGAGUAAGAAAAGUAAGAAAAGAGGAAGAGAUGAGUUCCAGGGAGGUGCCGGCUCCGAGGAGCCUGUUCAGCGCAAACGCCAAGUCACCAGUGACAAGCUUCAACUCUACAGCCUCUAUGAGCAGCUGGCCUCAGAGUCAGAUGAGGUGCGACUGGAAGCUGCUAAGCAACUCAUUGUGAGGUUCUCUCCGGAGAACCAGCCUAGCGCAAAAGAAAUCAAUGAGGUCCUCAAUCGAUUGAUAAGAGGUCUUUGCACACAGCGCAAAGCAGCUAGAUUCGGAUUCUGCAUCACUCUAACAGAACUCUUGCAACAAUUUCUGGGAUCAUCUACUCCGUCUAUUGAGGGAUUGAAUCUCGACAUAAAUUCGUUUCUCAAGCGUGUGGAAUCGCAUACCAAGAUUGAAGGCAACGUGUCUGGGCUGGAACGAAGAGACCAUCUCAUUGGAAAGCUGUUUGCUUACAAGGCCAUCAUGCAAUCAUCAGUCCUCAUCAAGCCUCAAUUGUCCUUGGAGAGCUGGAAUGAGCUUCUGAAUCGGAUAUAUGAGAUGGCACGCGACGUACCCUGGUUACGCGAGGAAUGCGCUAUGAUUAUUGUCCAGGCAAUUCAAAGCCUGGAUUCCAGGGCUGAUCUCGAACCCUGCGCCCGAGAGCUAGUGCAGCGUUUGGUGUCGUUCAAUCUAGUGAAUACACCCGAAGGAGUUGCGGUUUGGCUUGCUUUGAAAGAUUCGGCAUAUGCAACGGUCCUUCCCGAGAAAAUAUGGCACUCCAACGAUCCUCUCGCAAAGAAGGAACGGGAUCGCCUUGCCAAAGUCCUAAAGGAGAACUAUCGAAACCCAUCUGGGGACAACAAAUCCGAGGAUGUAAAGUCCGCAGCCGCCCAUCACAAUCCUUCAUUCGUCUGGGAUGUGAUUCUCUCUAAAUUCAUACAAGCAGACAAUGAAGCAAAGGGUGAUAAGGUGGACUGCGAAAAGUCGGAAUUUUCUCGUUUCUGGCUAGACAGUGUUGAUGCUCAUCUGUUCGGGUUAUCCGCUACGCAUGAACGCAAGUCUUGGGGAUUCAAGUUGUUCGCGAAAUGGGUGCCUCAAGCACCUGAAUGGGCCUUGCCAGCACUUUUCAGCCCAAAUCUCAUGCGCACAUUACUCAACCAAACAAAGAUGGAAAAUCGACUUCUCCAUGCAGCGGCGUUGAGCGCGUGGAAAUCACUCCCCAUUCGAGCGCAGCAGUCGCCCGAGUCCGCUCUGAAUCUCGUCAUGGGGCUCACUUCCAAGAAUGGUACCGCUGAUUUCGACAAUCAUACGAAAUUCAAGACUCUUGAGAGUAUCCUACUGGAAGCUGACGAUGAGACUCUUCGAAAGAUCGUGCGCCAUCUACACUCCCUGAUUGUUCGCCCAGGAACUUCCGAGCAGUCUGUAGCCGAUCAUCGGCGACAGACCAUUGCGGAUCUGCUCUUGAGCAUUGUACGCCAAUAUAAGCGAUAUGAAGAUAUCUCACACGAGGUGGUUGAGAAAGACAAUUGGCUCAGAACUGCUCUCGAUAUCAUGGUCGAACACGCUUACUUUGUGCCCACUUCGAGUGCGAAAACACGAAAAGUACCCCUGCCUCCCAUCAGCGAGAACAGUAGACGUGUGUUCCAAGAACGGCUCUCUUCCUGUCUCACCCGGUUACUUACUGUGGAUUCUCAAACCUCAUUCGGACUGGCAGUGGUUCAAUUGAUCAGAUCGAAAGCUACGUCCUCUUCUUCUCUGAAGGCUGUCUUCGAAGCCGACGAAUCGGUCUCGGAGACCGUUGAGAAGGCCUUCAAAUCUCUGGACAGAAUCGUGACCAAAAGUUCUAAAUCGUCUGCCGCGCCUGGUUUUAUUUUGCUGUACACCUUCACGCUAAUUCAAGUUUAUAAUGGCGAUACAGACGCAGUCAUGAUGCUGGAUGAUAUCGACUCAUCGAGGAAAGCCAUGUCGAAGACAACAAAAGACAAUACCGAGCAAGGUCAGGAUGGGUUUGUUGAAAUCUUGCUGUCUUUUCUGGGCAACCCGCGGACGCUCUUCCAUAAGAUAGCGAACGAAGCUUUCACUGCCUUCGCCUCGGAACUCAGUUCUGAAGGCCUUCUCUCGCUGAUAGACAUUCUCAACGCAGACGAGACUUUAGAAGGUCAAAAGCAGCUAUUUGCACCUGCCGACGAGGAAGGAGAAGAGGAAGACGACGACGACGACGACGUAGAAGAUGCAUCUGAUGUCGAAAUGCUGGACGGAUCUAGCAAUGAGGAUGGCUCGGACGAGGAUGACGACGACGACACAGAGAGCGAUUCCAACGCAGAAGAUGACAGCGAUGAGGAUGAGGAACUCACACAAUUCAACAAUAUGCUGGCUUUGACUCUGCAAACUUCGAAACCAAAUGAAAAUGGCGAAGCGGAUGAAGACACGUCAGACGAAUCAGACAUGGACGACGACCAGAUGAUGGCAUUGGACCCCCACCUCUCCCAGAUUUUCAAGCAGAGGAGCCAGAUAACCGGAAAGAAGGAACGUACAGAUGCCAAGAAAAAUAUGGUCCAAUUCAAAUCGCGCGUUUUAGACCUUCUGGCCAUUUUUUUGGACAAACAGUAUUCGAACCCGCUGUCCUUGGAUGCAUUGCUUCCCAUUCUGCGCCUGACUAGAGCCAGCGCCAACAAGCAACUGUCGGACAAGAGCGCAAAACUGCUCAAAUCUACUUUUGAGUCGCACUCCAAGCAGAAGACGCCUCUGCCUGAGCCAGAAGAUACACAGGCUGCUAUGGAGAUCUUGAAACAGAUCCACGAGGAAGUUACAUUGGGCGGCGGUGCUCUUGUCCAUGCAAACACGUGCAGCACCGCAAGCCUUCAUCUUGUCAAAGUUCUGGUAGGCCUGAACAAGGACAACUAUGUCGGAGCAGCAGAUAUCUAUGCGGACAGCCAAAAGAAGUGGUUCAUUGAGCAGAAGGUAUCAACACAACCAGUACUGUUCUCGCAGUUCCUGAACUGGUCUACCCAGUUCCGGACCUCUAAUGCACAGAAGAAGAACAAAAAGUGA